AUGGGCAUUUGGCUGUCAACCCUUCCCAGGUUGCAUCGGGGUAUCCCCUCAGAUGAACAACGGCAAACUAAGAAAGCACGCGCUACCGCAGACUCAGAAGACCUAAAGUCGUUUAUAAAACCUCUUAUAACGUCACUCGCCUCCGAGCUUGAGUAUUCAUCCCUUACACCAACGGAUAAUAGUGCUCUUUGGGAUGCGAUGUGCUUGUAUGCGGAUAAAACGGGCGUCCAAUAUGACGAGGGAACACAUUCAGGAACAUGUUUCAAGAUAGGUUUCACAUAUCCUGCUGUUUGUUUCCCUCAUCAUCCUCUCGAGGUGCAGACAUUUAUCGGAAUCUAUUCCUGGCUCGGACUACUCCUUGAUGACGAAGCUGUUACUUAUCCAGAUGAAUUCCAAAUGUUCCAUCAGCGAUUCUUCAUGGGUGAAAAGCAGCCACUGCCUUUACUACAAGGUUGGGCAGACCUUAUGAAAAUGGCUUUCCAGUAUUGGGAUCCUUUGGUUGCUAACUUCAUUGUUACCGCUUCUCUGAACUUUCUGAACGCAAAUGCCCUCCAAGCCCGAGAUGAUUUCACUCGUAUUGAGCGAACAAAGGCUGGUCACAGCUGGGCAUGGUUCAUGCGUGAGAAAGACGGUGUUGGGGAGGCUUACGCUUGGUUCACGUUCCCGAAAACGUUAUGCGGGGAUAAAUCACGCUUCUUAGAGGUGAUACCAGAUCUUUCUAUGUGGAUUGGCCUCACAAAUGACAUACUCUCGUUUUGGAAGGAGGAGAAAGCUGGAGAAAAACACAACUACAUCCACAACAGAGGAUGGUAUGAGGAUAAAGACACUUGGUCUACUUUUGAAGACAUAGUUGACGACGUAAAGCUGAAAACUCGGAACAUGCGGCUUGUGCUCAAUGGUAGGGAUACGUACCUACAGCUAUUGAACAGCCAUCUACUGGGAUACGUCGCCUUCCAUAAACUCAAUACACGGUACAGGCUAUGGGAGAUUGGUUUAGGAGAGUAG